AUGGAAAUGAAUGAACAAGUUACUGACAAGUCAAGAAAUCAUGUUGAUGCUGAUGGAAUGUGUGAGCCGUCUUCUGACAUAACCAGUACUUGUGUAGCGGACUGUCCACCUACAGUAGACAUUGCGAUGGAUGACCAACCAGACAGUCUACUUUACAACGUAUCCGACCGACCACCUAUCCUUGUAUCCAUCUUUCUGGCAUUUCAGCAAGCCCUGAUGUCUGUCUCCGCAUCCCUGGUCGUUUCCUCACUUGUUGCCGACGUUGCUUGUGCAUCCGACUUUCCGGACAUCAGGACAACCCUGCUGAGCUCUACUCUAUUGCUGAACGGGGUCACGACAGCAAUGAUGUUAACCCUGGGUAUCAGGCUGCCAUUAUAUCAAGGCCCAUCUGCUGAGUACGUGAUUCCUCUUAUGGCGAUACAACUUAUAGACAAAGAUUUCUGUAAACUUCCUGGAGCCCAACUCAACCCCGGACCUAAUACGACUUCUCUGAUGAACUCCACGGGCGACUUAGACGUUAACAUUACAGUCAGCGAUGAGUAUACUUUGAGGCGGCAACUGGCAUUAACAAAAUUACAAGAGUUCCAGGGCUGUCUGAUUCUGGCAGGUGUGCUUCACUUCCUUGUCGGCGCCACAAGUACGGUGGGAUUCCUACUCCGAUUCAUCGGACCUGUCACUGUUGUGCCUACCUUGCUUAUCACAGGGAUUUUUACGGCGCGUUUAACAAGUAACCUUGCAAGGAGUCACUGGGGAAUAGCUAGCAUCACCGCAAUCACAGCUAUCUUCAUGUCAUUGUGUAUCGGUUACAAGAAAAUGCCGUUUCCAGCCUGGUCCAAAGAAAAUGGCCUACACAUCUUCUGGUACCCGUUUCAUCAGUUGUUCUCGGUCCUGAUCGGUAUGAUGGUCGGUUGGUCAGUGUCGGCCGUGAUGACGUACACAGGGGCACUAACAGACGACCCAAGUCAGUCCGAGUUUUUCGCCAGAACAGACGCCCGGGCUGAAAUCGUUACCAACGCCUCCUGGUUUCGUGUGCCUUACCCAAAUCAGUUUGGCCCGCCAUCGUUUAACGUCGGAGUUUUCAUCGCAUUCCUCAUCGGCACCAUACUGUCUAUUCUGGACUCAAUAGGAGAUUACUACGCAUGCGCACGGAUAUGUAACGUGCCACCUCCUCCACGACACGGAGUGAACCGCGGUAUUGCCGUGGAGGGCCUCUGUAGUACUCUAGCAGGGGUCAUUGGAUGUGGACACGCUACAAACACCUAUGGCGAAAACAUUGGGGCGAUCGGCAUUACAAAAGUAGCCAGUAGGGACGUGUUCUUGUUGGUGUCGCUAAUAUAUAUCGUGUUCGGAAUAUUCGGGAAGGUCUCUGCAGUCUGCAUCACAAUCCCUUUACCCGUCCUAGGCGGCACUAUGAUCGUCAUGUUUGGUCUCUACAAUGGCGUCGUCCUGUCUAAUCUGGCCGCCGUUUCACUGUCAUCGACUCGUAACCUCGCUAUCAUCGGCAUUGCCUUCCUAAUUGGUAUCAUGCUUCCGAACUGGAUCGAAAAUAAUCCGGAUGACAUCAACACAGGAAGCGCCUACUUCGACAACAUAGCGAAGACGUUGCUUGGCAACCCAAGUCUAUGUGGUGGUGUCGUGGCCUGUUUCCUGGACAAUAUAGUUCGCGGUACGGAUGAUGAACGUGGGAUAUCUGCAUGGCACAAUCAGGAUAAAGUUGACCUGAACCACGUGUACAGUGAGGGUAUGGAAGUGUACACACCCCUACUGCCCGCCUCCUGGCGGUCGUGGAGGCUGAUGAAAUACAUACCUAUUUGUCCUUACCAACCACUAAUAACACCAGACGCUUCUGAUAAACUACUCUGUUAUUUCCGGGGCCCUGUCUAUUCGGAGAACAGCGGCUUCGUAGGGGUACCUAAAUCGUCCAUAGGGGACUUGGUUACCAAGAAGUACAAAGAGCCUGGGAAACCGGGAAGGAGACCAGCUUUGCCAUCCGACAUUGAGGACGUGUUCCAGGCUGUAAAGGAUGCGUCAAAACAGGGGAUAGGGAUAUCAUGUGCGCAACUCCUUGCCCGUACAGGGUUAUUGUGUAGAAGAUUGAACAUUUCUCCCGUCAAGCAAAUAUCUCCAGGGAAAGAUUGGUGGGAAGGCGUGAAAAAAACCCACCCGGAUUUAAGUAUACGAAAGCCCGAGAAGUUGGCCACAUCGAGGGCGUGGAUGUUAAAUCCGGUGGUGGUUGCCAAAUAUAUGGAUGACCUUGGCAACUUUCUUGACAAUCUUCAGCUAAAGGACAAGCCCCAUCGCAUCUGGAAAUGCGAUGAAACAGGGAAGCAGUUUGAGCACCAGCCAGUCAGGGUCAUAGCCGAGAAGGGUGCAAAAAACGUCGUAGGGAGAACUACAUCAAAUCGCACAAACAUCACGAUCAUGGCUUGCGUUAAUGCAGCGGGUUAA